AUGACGACCGAAACAACUUUUCAAUAUCAAGACUCCAUCAAAAAAUUACCAAUUCCAGAUUUAAAAGAUACCUGUGCCAGAUAUCUCGAAGUCUUGGAGCCUCUACAAACCAAGGAAGAACACGAAAUCACCAAAAAGGCUGUUAAUGAUUUCUACACCAGCCCUCUCUCCAAAUAUUUGGAUGAUCAAUUAAGAGAUUAUUCAAAAGACAAACCUUCCUAUAUUGAACAAUUUUGGUAUGACUCCUAUUUGAAUUACGACUCUCCUGUCGUUUUAAACCUCAACCCUUUUUUCUUGCUCGAAGAUGAUCCAACCCCAAUCAACAACAGCAACCAGGUCAAAAGAGCUGCCUCCUUGACCACCUCCUCCUUGAAAUUCAUCAAAGCCAUUAGAAAAGAAAAUUUACCUAUUGACAAACUAAGAAACAACAGAGCUCUUUGUAUGUACCAAUACUCAAAAUUAUUCGGUACUGCAAGAAUCCCAACUCCAGAUGGUUGUGUUAUGCAAACUGACAAUUUCUCAAACCACAUUAUUGUUCUUAGCAGAUCCCAAUUCUACUGGUUCGAUGUUCUCGACAAUGACAACAACUUGCUCUUAUCCGAAGCUGACAUCAUGCUUAAUUUCAAAGCCAUUGUUGAAGACAGUUCCCACACCUCUAUCACUGAUGUUGCAAAAUCAAGCUUUGGUGUUCUCACAACUGAAAAUAGAAGAAUAUGGGCUCACAUUAGAAACAAAUUAUCCAACGAUUACGACGAUCAUGGAAAUUUCGAUGACACCAACCACAAUAUCUUAAAAAUCAUCGAUUCCGCUUUAUUCAUCGUCUGUCUUGACGACAUUGAAUUAGAAUCAUUACCUGAAAUCUCAAAAAACAUGUUGUGUGGUUUAUCCAAAUUGGAAAAUGGUGUUCAAGUAGGUACUUGUACCAACAGAUGGUACGACAAAAUCCAAAUCAUCGUUACUAAAAACGCUAAAGCCGGUAUCAAUUUUGAACAUACUGGCGUUGAUGGUCACACCGUCUUGAGAUUCGUCUCUGAUAUCUACACAGACUCCAUUCUAGGUUUCGCUAAGGCAAUUAACAAAAACGCUCCAAGCUUAUGGCCUGACAACGAAAACACUCAAAGCUCAAUCUUGAAAAGAAAAAACAACGUCGAACUCAUCUCAAACUACACUGUCACCCCAAGAAAAUUGGAUUGGCAAAUUGAUUCAGAAUUGUCGUCUGCUUUAAGAUUCGCUGAAACAAGGUUAUCCGAUUUAAUCCAACAAAACGAAUUCAAGGUCUUGGAAUUUAAACACUAUGGUGCCAAUAAAAUCAAAAAAAUGGGCAUGUCUCCCGAUGCUUUUCUUCAAAUGUCCUUCCAAGCCACCUACUACGCUCUUUACGGUAAAGUCGAAUGUACCUAUGAACCUGCCAUGACAAAGGGUUUCUUACAUGGUAGAACUGAAGCCAUCAGAACUGUCUCAAACGAAUCAAACCAUUUCGUCAAAAAAUUCUUUGAAGCUAACACAACUGCUUUGGAAAAGAUCAACUACUUGAAAGCUGCUUGUAGCAAACACAGCACUAGAACAAGAGAAUGCUCAAUGGGUUUGGGUCAAGAUAGACACUUGUAUGCUUUAUACUGUAUCUGGAAAAGAUAUGUUGUUGAUGACAAUGUUGAAAAAACUAUCACUCCUCCAAAGGAAGCUGCUUCUAAGGACCUUCCAACUAUCUUUGCUGAUGCUGGUUGGGACAAAUUAAACGACUCCAUCAUCUCCACUUCCAAUUGUGGUAACCCAUCUUUAAGAUUAUUUGGUUUUGGUCCAACUUCUUUAAAUGGUUUCGGUUUAGCUUAUAUCAUUAAAGAUGAUUCCAUUACUGUUUGCUGCUGUUCAAAACACAGACAAACACAAAGAUUCCUUGAUACCUUAAACUCCUACUACAUUGAAAUUGAGAGAAUUUGGAAUGAAUUUAAAGAAGAAGAAAGCAUCUUAUCCAACUUAAACAAUAUGAAAUUUGACAAGAUCAACCUUCAAGAAUCCGUUUCUAUGGGUGAAGUUGUUACAAGCAACAAAGAACUUGAAAUGGCCAAGAAUUAUCUUUUAGGUGGUUAUGGUUAUUUUGAUUCCACUGGAAAUGAUGAUAAGAUUAAAAGUGUCACUCACGACGUUAAUAACAUUGAAAAUCUUGAUCUUAGUACAAAGAAACAAAUUGCUGGUGUUGAACAGAGAAAAUUUGUUAGAUUGGCUGAAUAUUAA